AUGGCGAUCCUGCAGAACCGGAAGAGGCAACGAGCAAAUGAGGCCUUGCAAGACGGUCGAUGUGCAAACUAUCCUGAUCCCUGGCGCUACCCACCCGAGUUCUGGGACAGACUCUCGACGAUUCCGCUGAUCCGCUCGGCCCUGGAAGAGCUUGACCGGCGGAUUUGCAAACAACCUGCCCCUCCCCCGUCGUCGCCGACAGAGCCCGCUGCCCGAGACCUCGCCCGAUUUGCACACCACGGCGGACCAGACCUGCGCGACCUUCGAGGGUAUCCUGCUCCUGCGCUGAGCAGGCACCAUACCGCCGGCACCAUGAGCUCCUCGUCAUCAGCCCAAAACCCUGGCUUCGAACAGCACUUGGCUAAUCAUGGGAUCCAUGCAACCUGGAGCUCGCAAAAGCCGGAUCUGACAGAAAUAAAAGCAGCACUAGCUAACCCGAGGCCAUCACUCUCGCCCUCUCGCUUCCCGGAUGAUGCCUUCGAGACCUUCCAAAAUGAUAAUGCUCGAGCAAAGGAUGAAAGCGAUGUGUGCAAAUAUGUUCUACCGGUCAUUGCUGGCCCUUGGAAGGACAAUUAUCCAUCCGCUGAGAAUAUGGCUUUCUUAAACCUAGAGCCGCUUACCGACGGGACUAUAGCAGCAGCGAAACCAGAUAUUGCUCUAGGCGCUCGCCCUGAACAGCUCAAUCCGGAUAUCCGCCGCGAACUUCAAUAUCAUAUUGUCCCUUCCACUUCGACAGAUAGGAUUAUAGCGCCCAAUUUCUUUCUGGAGGCUAAAGGCCCGGAUGGAUCUGCAGCGGUAAUGAUGCGACAGGCUCGCUACAACGGAGCAGUCGGUGCUCGGGCAAUGCAUAGCUUGCAGAACUAUGAUCGAGAGGAGCUAGUAUAUGAUGGCAAUGCCUAUACCUAUACUACGACCUACCAUGGCGGAACAGGAACACUCCAGCUCUAUGCCCACCAUGCCACUGCGCCGGCAACGCCAGAGGGGCAGCCCGAGUUUCAUAUGAACCAGCUUAGGGGGUUUAUUAUGACGGAUACACGGGAGAGAUUUGUCGAAGGAGCUACUGCAUACAGAAAUCUGAGAGACCUAGCAAAGAAGCACCGAGAUGCAUUUAUUCAGGAUGCAAACGCUAGAUACCAAGCGGCUCAGGAAAACCCUAUAGCCGAGGCAUGA